GAUUACCCAUUUGCACUUCGUGGAAUUGAGUUGAGAGCAGUAGACUCGAUUUCCAGAAAUGCCAAGAAUGCCAACUCUCGAUCCUUCUACGGUCGUUUCUUCAUCUAGAGAUCUACACAACCACAGCAAUGUCUUGCGUGUUGAUAGUUUCUCUUUCUCUCUGGUUGUAUGCAUGCGUGCAGGCAACCUCAAUCACCCGAGUCUGCGCCCCCCUAAGCUCGAAGAACAAGUUGCCGACCAGUGGAGUAGUGCUCGUGUGAGGUUAUAACGCGCUGGUCGAUUGUAGUUUUCGCCGUGGAAUCGCCAGCUGCUGCCACAGCACAGUUUGAGAAUCGUCGGCAACACGUCGGCAAGGCAACGGCCACGCUUGUAUCGUGUGCGUUUUGUUGAUGGUGGGGAUUGUACUCGAAGCAUUUGGGAAGCGCGGGUCGCAAAGGGGGCAUCGGUAGCAGCGACUUGCGUGCUUUUCGCUCGCCGCAUGUGCACGAGAGACACGCGCGAGGAUAUCUCUCUUCCAACGCUUGCAACGCACGGCGCGCUGCGCGCCGACUGACACACUCACCACCGAGAGCAUCGUCCAUUCAUUCACCCCCCGAAAGCCUGCGUAGUGCAAGAUAUCCUUAAAAUGCGAGAAAAGUGUCGCGUGUUGUGAGCCCGCUCGAAACUCACGAAAUGCGUUGAAUUCUGUGCUCAACAACUGCAUAUAAACAACCCGCGAACAAUUUUAUUUAAGUUAAUUACUUGUGAUUUGUGAUAACAUCCUCGAAAGCUCAAGGAGAAAUUCAAGAUGUAUAAGUUACUGGGAGGGCUGCGGUCCUACCUCAAAUUCCAGGAGAUCACCAUUGAUUGUGCGGUCUUCCGGAUGCACAACCUCUUCACCACAGCGUUGUUGAUGGCUUGCAGCCUGGUGAUCACCGCUAGCCAAUACGUGGGUCAUCCGAUACAGUGCAUCGUCAAUGGUAUCCCAACUCAUGUGGUCAACACAUUCUGCUGGAUCACAUCGACCUUCACGAUGCCGGACGCCUUCAAAAGACAAGUAGGCAAGGAGGUCGCCCAUCCCGGUGUGGCCAACGACUUCAACGACAUCAGCGCGCACAAGUACUACACGUACUACCAGUGGGUCUGCUUCGUGCUCUUCUUUCAGGCGUUAGCUUGUUACACACCGAAGUUCCUAUGGGAUAUGUUCGAAGGCGGAUUGUUACGAACGCUGGUGAUGGGCCUCAACAUCGGAGCCUGCCAUGACGAGGAGAAGAAGGCGAAGAAAACCGUCAUUCUCGACUAUCUCACAAAGCAUGUCAAGAGACACAACUUGUACGCCAUUCGAUACUGGGCCUGUGAAUGUCUAUGCCUGAUCAACAUCAUCACACAGCUCUAUUUGAUGAAUAAAUUCUUCGAUGGCGAGUUUCUCUCGUACGGUAUACGUGUGCUCAACUACAGCGAAACUGCACAGGAUGAUCGCUACGAUCCGAUGGUGUAUAUCUUCCCCAGAGUGACGAAAUGUACCUUCCAUAAGUACGGAGCUUCAGGUUCGCUGCAGACGCAUGAUAGUCUCUGUAUCCUACCGUUGAAUAUUGUCAACGAGAAGACUUACAUAUUCAUCUGGUUCUGGUUCAUGAUACUGGCUACUUUGCUCACGGUGCUUGUCAUCUAUCGUAUUAUGAUCUUGGCUAUGCCUAAAUUUCGUCCACGUAUCCUACAUUCGAAACAUCGCUGUCUUUCACUUGAGGUGUGCGAAGCAAUCUGUAGGAAAGUGGAUUUGGGCGAUUGGUGGCUCAUUUUAAUGCUGGGUAAUAAUAUGGAUCCGUUGAUUUAUCGAGAAAUUAUCACUGAACUCGCAAAGAAUAUCGAGACGAAUGUUAGUAAUCUGCAGAAGUAGCACGCGGCCAAGCGGCGUGAAAAUGCAGCGAACGGCGUGAAACCACCCGAUGAUAAGGAAAGGGAGGCGCGCGAGCAGCGCGAAGAGCACGAGAUGGAUAUCUUUGUUAUUUAAUUUAGUUGCAUGUGUUAAGAAUAGUUUGUAAGCCGUUUUUUGCAUACUGUACGAAAAGGCGGCCUAGUCCACAUUCCGACAGAAGUAUUUCGAGCAAUACUCAGCGAGCAGCAUAUCUCGAAUCAGUAUUUACACACUUCGAAUCAAUUCCAAGCUAAAGUACAAGACUUCGAGCAUGAGCGGCUGUUCAAUCAGGUCAAUUACUGCGCAGUGGAGAAUGUGACCACAUACGGUUCAAAUUAUUGAGAGUGACAGUAAGAUUGCAAGCAAUUAAUAAGAAACGGUGGAAGUAUGAAAAGGGAAAACAAAAAAUUACUGUGAUCAACUCGCUAAUUUUAAAUGAUAAUCAUAUACGAGGCGAUAAAUAUGUUACGACACUCGUCCUGCCAUGUAAAACUCGAACGCAUGAAGUGAAGAGAUUCAUCGAGUCUUUAUCUGCCGCGCAAUGUUCAACUUUUUAAAAUUUACAAAUUUUAUGCGUUUUUAUUAAAGUAGUUCUAUGUUAGCAACAAUAAGAUUACACAAACACACUAUGUACACACAAACAACAAGCAUAUACUGGAUAAUUGCAUAAUCAAUCCACCUGUGUCGUUGAUGAGAUCAAUACUGGGUGUUCUCCAAUUUUACCUUUUUUGGGAAGCCACUCAGCGCUGGGCCCAUAUCACUUUUGAUACUAUAUCGUAUACACUGUUGUAGAUUUUUCGAAUUAUACAUAAGGUACCUUAACCUAUAUUAGGCGUUUUACCUUUUUGGAAACAUUUGAUAAAUCACUUUUAAGCGCUACUAUUAUAAACAAUCAGACUGUUUGUUAAUAGAAAUAAGACUCGAAUCAAUUGAAUCACACUAAGCAGUUAAUAAUAUUCGUAUACAAUCAAAAUAUUCCCAAUAUGUAUACAUCAUCACAGAAAUGUAAAAAUCUAACAACGCCAUGAUUUUAAUUUAAUAGGAAUGUAUUUCUGUGAUGGUUGACUUUGGAUAUGCGCCUAUAAUACUUUAAUAAUAUUUAAUGCGUUAUUUUAAACAUCAAUAACUUUUGUAAUCUCGAUUAACAACGUGUAAAUUAAAUUCGAGUUGGUUUGCGAUGCGCUCAUACAUUCUCUAAUUUAUAUAUUUUACAUUUUCUGCAUCGUUAUCGUUGUUGGAGUUCAUUCAUUCAUGUUGUCAUUUCAUGUUGUCAUUGUUUGUCAUGCGCAUCACUCGACUUUUUACAAUAAGGAGAUUAAUUAUUUACCUAUGUAAUACUAUCCUGAAGAGAUUUUAUAUGAAACUAUUGACAUUGUAAGUAAUAAAGUAUGCAAUAAGUACAAAUUA